AUGAAGCUUAGCCCCGUUAGAGGGCUCGGGCUUGAACUCCCUCAUGCAAGUGCGGGGAAGCUCUACUUUGGAACCGCAAAUGAUGUGGGAUAUUUCAAUGAUAUCAGGUACAUUACCUUCCUGGAUGACUCCACCGAAGUUGGUCAAAUUACCCCUGAGAACAGCCAAAAGUUCGAUGCCACCGAGCCACAGCGUGGCGUUUUUAACUUCGCUAAUGCUGACCGGGUCGUUAAUCAUGCAUUGACCCAGGGUCAAAAGGUCCGCUGCCACAAUUUGGUGUGGCAUAACGGUCUCCCUGGAUGGCUAACUUCGGGCAGCUGGGACCGCCCAACCCUGUUGGUCAUCAUGGAGAACCAUAUCAAGAACGUUGUUCGGUAUUUUAGGGGACGCUGUUAUACCUGGGAUGUAGUUAACGAAGCAUUCAAUGAUGAUGAAAGCUACCGUGAGACGACUUGGUAUAACAUUAUUGGAGCGGAAUACAUUCCUAUUGCCUACCAGCUGACCGCAAAAUACGAUCCCGCAGCCAGACUUUAUUACAACGACUACGGGAUUGAAUCUGUGAAUAAAAAGUCAAUUGCUGCAGCCAAUCUCAUCAAGGAGCUACUAGGCCAAGGAGUAAGGGUCGAUGGUGUCGGAUUGCAAGCACACUUCCCCGCAAUCCAAUUGCCGGAUUACGAGAGCCAGAUGGCGAGUCUCCAACAGUUCACCAACCUCGGUGUAGAGGUAGCGUAUAGUGAGCUUGAUGUUUACUUUGAUACCUUGCGUGCCUGUCUCGAUACACCAAGAUGCGUUGGUAUCACUGUCUGGAAGAGUUUCCGAUGCGCACUACUGGGUUUGGCGGCGAUUCCCGGGUUCAGAGAUCCCUGUUUGUGGGAUAUCACUUACACCAAGAAGGGUGUCUACCAUGGGAUCGAGAAGAUGCUCGAGUAA